AUGGGCGCGGCUACGUCGAGAGAUAUGGCCGCCGCGGUCCUGGUGCCGCUGCCGUUCAACCUCAUCACCAUGGUGUUGCGGUUUUGGAUCCGGACACAGAGGAAGGCCUGGGGACCGGAUGACUGGGCCAUGGUGGCCACGAUCGUGCUCUGGCGGCGUCAGACGGCUCGCAGAUGUCCGAGGACUGACAAGAAGAAGCCGGUCUGGGCUGUUUCCCAGGUUGGGCUGGUAGGCAUGGCCUGGAGCGGAGUCGGGCAGCUUGAUUCGACGUUGAGUGCAGAUCAAGUAGCCAACUCAUAUUUUUGGUUCUACGUUUUCCAGGAGUUCUGGUGCUUUACCUUGGUCACCCUGAAAUGGUCCCUUGGUUUCACCCUGUUGCGCAUCGGUAACGGGCAGCGCUGGGUACAGAUUGUCAUCUACACGUGUCUCGCGCUGGUCACGGUUUGCACCGGGGGCACUGGCAUGUACCUGUUCUUCCGAUGCUCGCCGGUUGAAAAAAACUGGCUCCUUACCAUCGAAGGGACCUGCCAGGCCCGAGAGAUCCAAACUGCUCUUUCGUUCCUCGUUGCUGCCGUGUCCAUCUCGACUGAUUGGAUAUUCGCCAUUAUGCCGUUCGCCCUUAUCUGGAAACUGCAAAUGGCCAGCAAGGUCAAGGCCUCUGUCAUUGGACUUUUGGGCUUGGGUAUCUUCGCAUCCAUCGCCCCGAUCGUUCGACUCAAUUAUCUCCUCCUGUUGAAUGAUGACCAGAAGUUCCUCCAGGGCCUCAGCAUCAUCCUCGCCUGGGCACAAGCCGAGGUCGGUAUCGGAAUGCUCGUCGCCAAUCUCCCCGCCUGCCGACCCCUCCUCGAGCGCGCCCUCUCGCGCCUCACGUCCUUCACCGGCUCCAAGAACAAGUCCACCAAGGACCCAGCGGCAGCCUCGGCGGCGGUCAAGAACAGCUACCUCGAGCUGGGCGAAAGGGACACCACCAAGAUGAACAUCAGCGCCAACCGAUCCGGCGUCGAGACGCGGGUGUACGGCAGGGACCUGGGCGACGCCAGCAGCGAGAGCCUGCCCGACGACCACAGCCAGAAGAGGAUCGUGAGCAAGAGCGGCUUCGGCGCGAUCCGGGUGCAGAGGGAUUUCGACAUGGCCGUAGAAAAGAAGCACGGCGACAAUGCGGUUUGA